GAAAUAACUUUACAAUCGCUGUGGAGUGUUUUGUAGUAGCGAAGCGGCACUCCUCGAACCCAGUGGGCAUUCGACUGUGCAGGCGGCAAGCCUCGAGACAUUUGGAAAAUUCAAUUGCGCCGGACAAGAUAUUUUGAUGCUAAAUUAAAAAAAAAUUGCGUAAAGUGUGAAAAAACAAAAACAAAAAGAGAAGAGAAAAAAAUUGGAACGGUAUUUCCCCACAGAAACGUAACUCGUGAGAAUUUUUGCGCUAUGAAGAUGAAAUGUUUUAUUGUGUUGUUAGUGGUGAUGGUGGUGUUGAUUCAAAUCAGCGUUAACGCUGCACGCAUAAAUUCCAAGCCACAUGCGAAAAAUUACAAAAAAUACUCCUCAAAUCAUCAUCAGCAAUUGCAACAGCUCAAGAAAUCAAUCAGCACAGUUGCCGCGCCACACGCUGCCAAACGUAAUCACCAUCAAUCGACGUUGCCGCGCCGCACACAGCAGCGUUUGCAGCGAACGGAAGUGCCCCCCUUAGAGAUGCCGGUCGAGCCACAACUGGAAAUUGACACACUACAAUGUCCGGUGUAUUGUGUCUGUCAGUAUGCGCACUUUAUCGAGCUGCCCAUAUCACGUUGGAUACAACACAUGCAAGCACGUCGACCGCGCAGUGAUGGUGAUGCAGCUGAUGGUGAAGACGCUGAUGUUUGGCAUUUCAAUCACGACGAUCGUUACGAGCAGGCACAUAAAAGUGACAAAGACUUGUACGAAAGCUACGGUGAUGAUGACGCAUACUUAACGAAUCCCUUCAUGAAACAGGCCACAUGUAUUCUGCAGGAGGAUACCAAUAUCGAAGAGUUAACACAAGCAUUGCCGCAUGAUUUGCAUGCGCUGGUCUUGCUUUACACAAGCAGCGGGAAAAAUAAAAGUGUGAGUCUAAGCACACUCAAGCCACUAAAUCAACUGACCACUUUGGAAGUACGCGGCGGCCUCAAUCGUUCAUUGCGCAUCAUCUUCGAUGAACCGCUUAGUUUUCUGCAACAUGCCAACUUCGAAUCGGUCACACUCUUGGGCAGCGAGAAUUAUAAACGGCCCAAAAAUCCUGUACAUCCCAAGGACAGUUUCGAUUACAAGCCACGCGGUGAAACGUACGACGAAUUGGAUGCGGACGGCAAUAGGAUUGCUUUUGCCCCACUCGAGGAUGACGUUGACGACAACAUUGUGCCCUAUGACAUAUACAAACAGGAAUUGAUAAAGGCACGCAUGCCCACAUUCUAUGGCUGGGAGCAUUUGGAAGUGCUGCGCAUACAUGGCUGCCAGCUGAACGAAUUGCAAUGGGAAAUGUUUGAUGGCUUGACGGCUUUGGAACACUUAUCGCUCGAGCGCAAUGGCAUUGCUGAGGUGCCACCAUUUUCUUUCUACGGCGCCAUGCACAUACAAACCUUAUCGCUGGCACACAAUUACAUACGCGACUUGCACUACCGCGCCUUGGCUGGCCUUUUGCAGCUGGAAGUGCUCGAUUUGAGCAGCAAUCGUUUGGAGAAAUUGAGCGAGCGCAGUUUUCCACCAUUUCCGAAGCUGGUGCGCCUGGAUUUUCGCAAUAAUCCUAUACGCUAUAUACUGCCAGCCAGUUUCUGGGUGAUGAAUUCCACACGUUACAUGGACUUUGAGUCUACGACGGUGCCGCUGCACUUGCGUAACAAUCAACCGUUCGAAUCGUUGUUGCAGCUGGAGACGCUGCAUAUCGGCAAUGUGUCAAUUGGCAAUUUAGAGCAGAAUAUGUUCAAGGGUUUAACAGCGCUUGAGCAGCUUAGGUUGCGUGGCAGCAUACGUACCAUCGAAUUUGACGCUUUCGCCGGUCUCAUCAAGCUGCGUGAACUUGAGCUGAGCCAUUGUGGCAUACAAGAGAUAUCAAUGGAUGCCCUAAUGGAUUGCAGAAGUCUGGAAGUGCUCGACUUGUCCUACAAUAAUAUCUCUUAUUUCCCACCUGGUCUGCUGGACGACCUACUAAACUUGGAGGAAAUCUAUUUGCAAGGCAAUCAACUGCGCACGCUACCCAUCACAUUUUUCUUGCGCCCAAAAUUGCGUUUGGCGCGUCUUAGCGAAAACCCCUGGCACUGCAGCUGUGACAUGUACAAUUGGCGUCCGAAAAUUACCAAUCAAGAACGUGGACCUCGCACGAAGCGUUGCAUCACCGACUACCAAACAGGUAAACAAAUAUCCUGUCGCCGCGUGGACAGCUACGUCUAUGACAAUCGUUAUGCGCCACGUUGCAGUAACCACAACGAACGUAGCGUAUUCUAUGUACUGCGCAAGCAAUUGAAAUGUGGACCGGGACGCGUUGUGCGAACAAAUGCGCAACAACAUUCCCGCACGCACAACAGCGUGCUACCGAAGCAAAUUAUUAGGCAGCAGGUGCCGCACUGGCGCAAAAUUGAGCAAAGUCAAUUGAAAUUAAUGCAAAACAAAAACCAACUGCAGUUAAAUGUGUCCGGUAAUGUAAACUUGUACAGUGACGCAAAUGCCAAAGGGGCAGUCAUGCAAUUACAAGAAAGUAGGCCAAAGCACACUAACGCAAUGGCACAGCGCAAUACGUUGAUGCAUGCGCUGAAACGCGAUCCACCUAAGCUAGCGGAGCAUGGCGGAGAAGACGUCGACAAUAAUAUUUCCAAUGAAAUAUGAAGUAGAAUAGCACACAGAAUAUGUUAGGCGGCUGUGUGGAAUCAAACGAGUUACCGAAAACUUUAACUACCAGCAGAGAGGAUGGCGGAUGGCAAUAAAGUUAUUCAGACCAAAAACUUUAACUACCAGCAGAGAGAAUGGCGGAUGGCAAUGACAUUAUUCAGUUUGUUACAUGAGUUUUUAAGAAAACGAAUUUUACUAUACGAUUCGCGCAAGUGUUAUACAAUUCUUCAGUUGCAGAACUAUUAAGACUAUAUCGGAUGGCUAUAUUUUAUAAAUACAUAUAUUUUAUUUACGUUUAUCGUUAAUUUGGUCAUUUAGCAGGUAAAAAAUAUCAUCAAAAAUGUAUUACUCCUUAAUUAGUAAGUAAUAAGGCACAUUGAACAAGGAGAAGCAGUAGAGCAAAAACAACUUAAGCAAUGUAUUUUGUUUUUUGUUUUUGGUGACUUAACACUUUGCAUCAUUCGACGGAAUAAUCAG